ACUGAUUCUGAGUCACUUGUUAGACUUCUGAGCAAAUAUAUAUUUCACUUACAAAGUAAAUGUUAUUUGGUCAUGAUUUUAACAUUCCCUGAAGUUUUCUUCUUUAGAAGAUCUUAGGUCGAUGGCAAAGCUUUUUUUUGUCACCACCUUCCACUCCGUUUUCUCCAACCAUGAAGUAUUUUACUUGAGAAGCCAAGCUAGGAAUAGUUCUAUGAUGUUAAAAGCAACCCAACUAAAUGAUGGGUUUAUAUACUCAUUUCAUUUUUGAAAACAAAUGCUUAGAUAUGUCUUCCAGUUUUUUCUUUUGUUUUGUUUAGACAGAGAGCUGUUUACUAUUCCUACUUGCCUAUUGCUGUUUUCUCUUCAUGUGUUUUUUGUCACUUCCAACAAUCCAAUAUAAAGGUCUCUUUUUUUCUUUUUUUCUUUAAACCAUUGGAAUUACUAUAAUUUUAGUUUAUUGGAUAAAACAUAAGCAAUGUUCUCUUGGCUUACUGACUCAAUGUUUAAUGUUGUAUAACUUUCAACGUGGUCUCUGUUUGACUUUUUCCUGCAGAAGUUCACCUGUGGAAAGCGUACCUGUUGUUAGUACAGUGAUCACUCUUCCACAUGUGAUUGUAGAGAGCAUUCCCCUCCAUAUUAAUGCAGAUCUUCCGUCAUUUGGUCGAGUCCGAGAAUCCCUCCCUGUCAGAUAUCACCUGCAAAAUAAAACCAAUUUAGUCCAGGAUGUGGAGGUGUCAGUGGAACCCAGUGAUGCCUUCAUGUUCUCUGGCCUUAAGCAGGUACAAAAAUGUCACAUCUACAGAUCCUGUUGCCUUAACUGA